AAUGGCCGCUUUGCAGCAAGUGCACUUUUUUUUUGUAAUAGAGUAAUUCAAUUCAAACGAGCACGUAAAGCUCCAAGUUGGAGCUCCUGUUGAACGGAAAGCCAUUAGAGGGCAGUGGAAUCAUGGAGCAGGUGACGGACACCAAAGUGCAAACCCCGGAGCCACUCCAGACGGAGGAGCCAGCUCGGGAAGUCGAAAAAUCAGAGAGCGCAGACACCAAAACAUCGGCGUUGGAAACGCUUCCAAAAAGUGCGGGUCCCACUGAAUUGGAUUUGGAGGAUGAGCUGGCAAAUCUGAACGGUUCGGACGAGGGCGCAGGCCUGGACGAACUGAGCUCGCUGGAGCAGGAGAUAGCCAAGCUGCACCACAUUCGACCUCCGGAUGCGGUAUCCGAAGCUGCUGAAUCCGCCACUCCAAGUGGCGGAGCGGAUAACGGUGGCUUGGAGUCCGGUUUGGGAGGUGAGGACCUGGUCAGCGGGUCGCCCAUACUCGAAGAUGGCCACGAUCCCUCGGGCAACGGCAAAGUCAGCGAAUCACCCUUGGAGGAGGUGGAUCUGAUUGCCCUGCUCAAGGGCACAGACACCAGUCAUGAGCAGCCAUCCGGGGAGGACAAGUGCGCUCUGGAGAAGGCUCUUUCCGAGCUAGACGGCGUUAAAGAAGAUGUGGAUGUGGGUGUGACCAUCGAGGGCGAAGGGCAGUUUGAGAUCAUGGAAAUAGACGACGACGAGGGAGAGUCAACCACACGAAAAGGCAGUCCAAAGGUGCCUGUGGUUAAGUCCAGCAAGCCUACAGCACCCUCCUCCGACGUGGAGCCGAAGAGGCCCAAACACAAGCUUUCCCCGGAGCAAGCCAGAGCCGUGGCUCUGGAACAGAUGGCCGGCCUCAAGCCCAAGCCACGACGCAAGGAGCCGCCUCCUGUGCUCAAGCCAAAGGACAUCGUCAGCACAUUGAACGACGAUUGGGACGACUAUGACUCUGAGGAGGAUAAGCCUACAUCUACGUCUGGGUUGGUGACGGAAGUGAUAGCCCUGCCACCAAUGCAACUGGUCCCCAAAAAGACACCUGCACCUUUGCCCCUGAAAAAGGUGACAUCCCCCACCAAAAACAGUCUGAACUCACCCAUUUUGCUUAACAACAAGAUCAGUGGGGUUAAAGUAAUGCUAAAGACCGUGAGUCAAAAACAGCUAGCGGCCUCGACGAGUUCAAAUAUGGAGAAACCCAAGCCAGCAAUCACUGUGUCACCUCCCAAGGAACCUGAAGAGCCCACCACAGGCUUCAAACGUAUGCGUGUAAUUAAGAGAAAGAUUAUAUGGGAUCCGGAUGUACCCGAGUCCAAAAAGUCCUUUGCGCAGUAUGCCAGCACGAAGGCACCGGCUAAGGCGGCUUCUCCAGCAAUCCCAUUACCAAAAACGACUCUCAAAAGCAUUUCCCCCAACGCGCCGAUCAAGAAAGAGGUUGCACCGAAAAAACGGGCAGCAACACCCACUGUAAGGAUCUCUAAGGUUCUCACUCCAGUUGGCGAUAAAGCGCGGAGUGCAUCUCCUGUGAAGCGUCGCUCGCAAACUCCGAACGCAGGUCUGGCCAACGGGGGAGUCCAGAAAAAAAAGAAGGUCUCAGAGAUCGACCGCCUGAUGGGCGACGAGGGAGCGGCCAACAUGAUUCACGCAGUGGAGCACGAGCAGCGGGAGUUGAGCGGCGGGGAGGUGUCUAACAAGCCGCUGAUGCGGAAACGAGCCAUGACCAUAACCGGAAGGCAGAACCAGGCACUUCGAGCAGCAGCGGAACCAACGCCGUCCAAAAAGGAUGCGGCACAUCCGGUCACCAAACGAACUCCUGGUGCUGCGGACUCCGUUUUUACCAAGACCACCGCCAACACAUCUGCCAGCAAGCCACGCGCCUCAGACUCCUGGGACUAUGUGUACAAACAGCGCGCCAGCGAGGAGUCGAUGAUCAUGCGUCGGCGCUCCAACAGCUCCUACUCCAGCAAUGCCUCAGUUAGCCGCAAUUCGCUGGACAACAAGCCGGGAGCAGCCAAUCUGUCGGAUGAUGCAGCCGAGGUCUCUGAUCCUUCGUUCAAGUUCCUGAAGCCCAAUAACAAGACGAACCAAAGGGGUGGAGAGGAUUCCUCCUCGCAUACGCUAGCCAACGACAUGAAGGCGAACAGUGGAAGCGAGCUGGUGGUCCUGCACAAAGUGAACAAGGUGGCUCACCUGGUCAUCCGCACUCAUCGCGGAAACUCCGGCCACACGUACAGCAGCCAGCUGUUGGAACAAUUGAACGACACGCUCACCAGCAUUGCCCGUAAAAACGAGUUCAACACAGUGCUGCUAACCGUUGAGGGUCCACAGUUUUGCCAGGGCAUCGAUUGCCAGGAACUGGUGCAGGGACCUCUGGAUAAGCGCAGGGAAGGCGCUAGUCGAAUGUCCUUAGCCCUAAAAACCUAUCUGCGCACUCUGGCCACAUUUCCCAAGCCCUUGGUGGCGGGCAUUGUUGGCAACCUGAUUAAUCUUGGCGUCAUGCAGCUGCCCUUUGUAGACUACGUGGUGGCCGCCGAUGAUUGCUGUUUUGAGACUAACUACGCCAAGUUGGGUCAGCUGCCCGAGGGCUAUGCUCUGUGGCAUGGCCAUGGAAAGGUGUCCAGCCAAGUGAAUUCGCGUUUGUUUCUGCUGGGUGACAGACUUUUCGCGCCGGAAAUUUUGGGACCGCACAGCCUCGUGGACAAGAUCUGCAAGGCUCGCAACGUUAACAACGAGGCUCUGGCCAUUGCCAAACAAAUAUCCACUAGCUCAGCGGAGAUGUAUCGCUCGCUGAAAAAACUCAACCACUCGGCCACCAAUGCGGCUAAUUUCCCGCGUCUGGACGAGGAACUAAAGGCUAUAUCCGAACAGUGGUUGACCGCCAAUUGCUUGGCUAAUUUCAAAAGCUACCUUAGCGACGUUGACUUCUAGAGCCUAGAUUAAGAAAUAUUGUAUACCAUAAGCAAUGGUAGAGCAAUUAACGUAAACAAACAUUUAACAAUUAAAAACCUACAUUUAGUUGAGUCCCUUUAGGAGUUUUAUUCUGAACUGCUAGACUAUCACCCUAAGAAUUUUUUUACACUUACCCACAAAACACAAGUGUAAUAUUUUGUAUCGUAUUGUACAGUAGACGCGCUGUGUAAAUUGAAUGAAAAUUAAAACAAAAGGAAUGUUAAAUUCGUUAUAGAUCGGGAAUAAAUUGAUCGGGAACUACUGUUCUAAAUCACAGAGAAGUUUACGACUGUUGGAAAAAUACGAAUCCUGAGUAAAUACCCAAAAACAGCACCCUUUGCGGCGUGUCUUUAAGUGUAAAGCAUUCCCUUGGGCGCUUGAAAAUGCAUUAAACCAAAGCUUGAAUUUUGGUUAUAUAUCAUACUGAACUCCUGGAUCAUUUAUUUUUUAAAUAAUAAAUAAAUUUUAAGAUUUCCAUUGCAAUAUAAUUUGUGUAAUAUGAAGGAAACUGUUGAAAAUCAAUAAAAACAAC